AUGAAUUGUACUCUUGGAAUCUCAGUCAUAUGGUGGUCCUGGAAGUGGCGGUGCCAGCGUAUCUUUGAGGAUCAGGCUGCUACCAUCAACCAAGUCCUUCCUUGUGUGUUGCCUGAUGAAGCUCUCUGGCGCUCAACUCUAUUCCAAAAGCAGGGACAACAACAUAUAGCAGCUGGACCUGCUCUUGAUUUUACUGCAACACCGAUCGUUCGCCUGACUGUGGAUGGGAGUUGGAAUCCUCAUGUUCGUCGGAUGGGUUGUGCGGUGGUGUUAAGGGACUGCUCAAGCAAUUGGAAGUCUGCAACCUCCGUGAGCUUCGACCAUGGCAUGGCUUUUCUGGCGGAAAUCAAAGUUGUUGAACUUGGUAUACUGCACUCGCUUGACCUUGGCUUUACGAACAUUCCGCCAGACACACCUUCUUCCUGCGCCGCCGCGCCAGCAGCCCUCUCGCCGCGCCCAAGCGCCGCGCCGCGCUAUGCGUCCCUCUACCUCACACAGGUAGUUCCAAAGAAAGGAGGCAUGACUGUGAUCACUAAUGACAAGAAUGAGCUGAUUCCGACAAGAACAGUCACAGGUUGGAGAAUGUGUAUAGAUUACAGGAAGCUGAACAAGGCCACCAGAAAGGACCAUUUCCCAUUACCAUUCAUGGAUCAGAUGUUGGAGAGAUUAUCUGGGCAGGCAUUCUAUUGUUUUCUUGAUGGAUACUCACGCUACAAUCAAAUUACAGUCAAUCCAGAAGACCAGGAGAAAACAGCUUUCACAUGUCCCUUUGGUGUUUUUGCUUAUAGGAAAAUGCCAUUUGGAUUGUGUAAUGCUCCAGCAACCUUUCAGAGAUGCAUGCUUGCAAUAUUUUCAGAUUUGGUGGAGAAGAUCAUUGAGGUUUUCAUGGAUGAUUUCUCAGUAUUUGGUGCUUCCUUUGAUUUAUGCUUGGAAAACUUGGACACCGUACUGAAGCGGUGUGUGGAAACAAAUCUAGUUCUAAACUGGGAAAAGUGUCACUUCAUGGUGACGGAAGGAAUUGUUCUUGGGCACAAAAUCUCAUCAAGAGGAAUUGAAGUGGACAAAGCAAAAGUGGAAGUUAUUGAAAAGCUACCAGCACCAACAAAUGUCAAAGCCAUUAGGAGCUUUCUUGGACAUGCUGGAUUUUACAGACGCUUCAUCAAAGACUUCUCCAAGAUUGCCAAGCCAUUGAGCAAUCUCUUGAAUAAGGAUUCUUCUUUUCUCUUUGAUAGUGCAUGUUUAGCAGCUUUUGAACAAUUAAAACAAAGUUUGAUUUCUGCUCCUGUUAUUAUUGCUCCGGAUUGGAAACUUAACUUUGAACUUAUGUGUGAUGCCAGUGAUUAUGCAGUCGGAGCAGUUUUAGGACAAAGAAAAGAGAAAAUCUUCCAUGCAAUUCACUAUGCUAGAAAAGUUUUAAAUGAAGUUGAAAUAAAUUAUGCCACAACUGAAAAAGAAUUGUUGGCAAUAGUAUUUGCAUUGGAAAACUUUAGAAGUUACUUGAUAGGCUCAAAAGUUGUCAUAUAUACUGAUCAUGCAGCUAUCAGGUAUCUUCUAACCAAACCGGAUUCUAAACCAAGACUGAUAAGAUGGAUUUUGUUGUUGCAGGAAUUUGAUUUAGAAAUCAAAGACAAAAGCGGAAAGGAAAAUCCGGUAGCUGACCAUUUAUCAAGGCUGGUGAAUGAUGAGGUGACCACAAAAGAAAAUGAUAUAGCAGAUGCAUUUCCUGAUGAAAAGCUCUUUCUAGUUCAGGAAAGACCAUGGUUUGCUGAUAUGGCCAACUUCAAAGCUGGAGGCAAUAUCCCUGAUGAAUAUAACUAUCAUCAGAAAAAGAAGUUUCUCAAGGAUGCUACUCAAUUCGUGUGGGAUGACCCUUAUCUAUUCAAAGCAGGAGCUGAUGGGAUACUCAGAAGAUGGGUGGAAGCAAUGGCAACACCAAAAGCUGAUGGCAAAACUGUAAUUAAAUUCCUAACGAAGAACAUUUUCAACCGUUUCGGAGCACCAAGAGUGAUUAUUAGUGAUGGAGGUUCUCAUUUUGUCAAUUCUCAAUUGGCCAAGGCAUUGGAGCAUUAUGGAGUCAAGCACAAUGUAGCAUCACCUUACCAUCCACAAACCAAUGGACAAGCGGAGGUAUCUAACAGAGAAAUUAAGAAGAUCUUGGAGAAAACAGUGUCAAGUUCCAGGAAGGAUUGGUCUCAAAAGCUUGAUGAUGCUCUAUUGGCAUAUAGGACUGCAUACAAAUCCCCGAUAGGCUUAACCCCUUUUCAAUUGGUCUAUGGCAAAGCUUGUCAUUUACCAGUUGAAUUGGAGCACAAAGCCUAUUGGGCUCUUAAAUUUCUAAACUUUGAUUUGAAUCUUGCAGCUGAGCAUAGGAAGAAUCAAUUGCAUCAGUUAGAAGAAAUGAGGCUUCAAGCCUAUGAAUCUUCCAAACUGUACAAGGAAAAGGUGAAAAAAUACCAUGACAACAAGAUCAUCAAGAAGACCUUCAGGCGAAGUCAACGUGUACUCUUAUUCAAUUCCAGGUUGAGGUUAUUCCCUGGAAAGCUCAAAACCAAAUGGUCAGGUCCGUUUGUGGUUAAAGAUGUCAAGCCUUAUGGUGUGGUUGAGUUAGAGGACCCAUAA